AUGGCCCCGUUCGUAAUCGGACGAAUGUUCGAGAUCGCGGCGGCGAACUCGAUGUUUCGAUACACCGUGCAGCCGCGCAAGGCAACUUGGUUGUCUCGCACGAAGCCGAACCAACUCUGCGCGCCCUAG